CGAGAGCAGCCAGCUGGGGAGCCCUCUACCAAGAUGCGUGCCCUGCUAGGCACCCCCGACCCCCAGGUCGUUAAAGUUGCCGGUGGGGCAGGAAUGGUGAACACGACCCGCCCCAAGGCGCGCGGACCCGCUCCGCCCGCAGCGAACUGCGCACAGCCACAGCCAUUCGGUAAGAAGACGACGAAUCGCGACCUUCACUUUUUUGGAAAGCACUCCGUUGUGCAUUGUCUCGAUUACAGGUGCCGGUGUCGGUGUUAAAGGUGCUGGUGCUGGUGCUGGUGCUGGUGUUGGUGGCGGCGUGUUGUGGUUCGCCCGCGUGUGCGUUUUGUUUCUCCAUUCUCUCCAUUUUCCAACCCACAGCCAGCAGCAGCAUCACAUAUUUUCCGCUCGAGGGCUGGCGGCCGCUGACCCCCGCUCUUAAUUUUUCGUCCGUUUCGUCUUUUGCCAAGAACGCCAUCAUCUGCCACUUCAAGGACACUCACGAGAUUCACACCUGCACCACUGAGUCCUCCAUCGACAAGUGAGACGGGACAUGACUCUGUGUGGGCAUUGUCACGACACACGAGUGUAUCUAUGUUAUGUGUGUGUCCUUUACUGUUCAGGCAUGCCGACAACGGCCGGCUGGGCACCAUUAUGACACAGUCCCCCGACAUGCCAGUGGGGGGAUGCACCACAACGAUGUCAAGCUGCGCAUCUGGCGUUAGAUCUUAUUAUCGUCUUAUCGUGUUGACCAACGCCAGCCAUCCGUUCGUCGCAUGGAUCAGCUUCACUCUUUACUGGAACGGUCAGCCCAGCACGAACGGGGAGAGGAGGGCCGGCACACCUAUACACACAAACACGCAGCACUCAUUCUCGCCGGCUGUCUGUGCUGUCCUGUGAUUCCUUCGCAGUGGGUGUGGUUAUCGAGACAAGCGAGCCGGCUGUGUGUGGCGUGGGUCGCGCCUUCAAGGACCGCUUCCCGCAGACCACUCGGCUUGCGCGAGUGGUGCUGGGGGCCGUCAUCUCAGCUAUGGUCUUCGACCGAUAGAAGAUGACUGAGGUGACGGCUGACACAAGCAGGAGAUGAGGUGAGGUCCAUGUGGAUCCGAUUCGGUAGGCUCAAACAACCACACAGACACACACGCGUUGAGACGUUGGGCAUUUGUGUGUCUGUGUGCUGUGUGGUCUGCGUGUGUCGAGCGUCAGAUCCCCGUUGAGCUCAUGUGUGCAAGUAAGGUGGAUACCAAUCGUUGC